UGUCUGAGCCAAUGCUGUUCUGGGGAGGUGUGAGGUAUCUGUGCCUGGUGAUCUCAACCAAAGGCAUUGCAGCGAGACUGGGCAGAAGAACUAUUUGCUCUGGGAAAUGCUAAAUGCAAAGAUCAGCUGCUUUGAGCUACGGGACUUUUGAGUUCCUAUGGACUUGGGACUGUUUGUCUCAAAUACUGGUUUCUGAGGGAGGCUGCCAGAUGUCCCAAGCUAAGCCAUUAUUACGUUAAUCAAUGUCAAACCAAGAGGUCACAUGUGACGCAAACUGGGGGACCUAAACAGCAACACAGAGGAGAGGCAGGGGAAGAACAGGGUCAGAAUUAUUGCUUCUUCCUGCACAGGUGUCAUAAGUAUGCUGUUAUGCCCUUCUUAUGCCCUAGAUGUGGUGGCACAGCUGGAGCCAUUCUGACCUGCCCCCUGGAAGUGGUGAAGACGCGUCUACAGUCAUCCCAAUUGACACUGCGGCCUCUGUGCCUCCCUGAAAUACAGCUGCCGGGGAUGAGUGUGAGGCUGAUACACCCAGCCCCACCAUCCCCUGGAGUGCUCAAGUUGCUGAGGGCCAUCCUUGAGAAGGAAGGCAUGCGAUCCCUGUUCCGAGGCCUGGGCCCAAACCUUGUUGGGGUUGCUCCUUCCCGGGCUAUCUAUUUUGCUGCCUAUUCUGGUGUUAAGGAGAGGCUCAAUGCUGUUCUUGUACCAGAGUCCAAGAAAGUACACAUGCUAUCAGCAGCCUGUGCAGGGGUUACCUGUGCCACGCUCACUAACCCUAUCUGGUUGGUGAAAACCAGGAUGCAACUGGAAGCCAGGGUGAAGGGGGAGCUGGGCAGUAAUGCCCUCCAAUGCGCUAUGCGUGUGUACCGCACUGAAGGCCUGCGUGGGUUUUACCGUGGAAUCAGUGCCUCCUAUGCUGGAGUGUCAGAGACCAUCAUACACUUUGUCAUAUAUGAAGCACUAAAGCAGCAGCUGAGGAACAGCUGUCAUUCCCUGUCCCCACCACUCGGACUUCCAUCAAACAGCCAUGAUUUCUUUGGACUAAUGGGAGCUGCUGCUGUCUCCAAAACAUGUGCCUCAUGCAUUGCAUACCCACAUGAGGUCAUUCGGACACGGUUGCGAGAAGAAGGGUCCCGGUACUGUUCCUUUAUACAGACUCUGCAACUUGUGGUCCAUGAAGAGGGACCCCUAGCUUUAUAUCGAGGGCUUCUGGCCCAUUUGAUCCGUCAGAUCCCCAACACAGCUAUCAUGAUGGCUACUUAUGAACUCAUUGUACGUUUAGCCUCCUCCACCUUGUAAGCUCACUGUAGCACCAGGCUGAGGCUACUGGACCUCAGGGGCCUCAGGCUCCUGGGAUGUGGUCCUAUUCCAUGUUCUGAGAGGUGCUGCUUUCCAAUGCAUAGCGGGACUGGGUGGUCUCUGCAACAUCAGACAUAGCAUUCUCAGGAAUUUAUUUUGUGUGAAACUUUCAGCUCCAGCAUGUACAACGUAGCCCUUCUCUUUGGAGACUUGAACUCCUCUGGUGCUUCAAGAUGUCAGUGCACUGGUUUGACAGUGCCUACUGUUAGCUGUCUCCACAAAGCAAGGGUGUGGAACUAAAGGAGGGGGAAAGGAGACAAAGAAGAAAGUAAUGUAGGUAUCUUAGCCCUACAAUCUUCAAUUCGUUUGGACCCAGGAACACCCACAUGUGAGCACAGUUGGACUUGAAGAUAGCGGCUAAGGCAGAGAGAUGUCUGCAAGAGAUGUGGUGAGAUCUUUCAUGCCCUCAGAGGGGCUCUUACACUUGCCUACUGAGCUAUCCUCUUACUCCUAAAGAGGAUUCUUCCACCUUCAUUGCCAGCAAAAGUCUUAUUGCAGAGUCUUCCUUUGGGCCUUAACACAACAUAGCCAGUGGCCCUAGGAAAUGUCAGGCAGCUCAGUAGUUACACAGCCUCUUCCUUUUGCUGGGUCUGAGGAAUUGGACCAAGUAGAUGAAGGGAAGAAACACAAGCUGCUGUGAAGCACUACCCUAAUAGUUCACGCUACUGAGCUGGUAGCCUUGUGUUGCUUACAUCUAUUGUUUUUGCACCUCCUUCUUACCUGAACGACAGAAAGAGGAGGACGACUACUUCCCUCAGAAGUGCAGGGGCCGUUACGCUCCAAGUUAGAAUCCCUGAUGUCAAAUAUACUUUUAUGCUGGUAAAGGAAGUGGAUCUGGAGAAAAGGUGGACGAAGCGAGGAUUUGGUCUGUUUCUACUGAUGACACGCUAGGUGUAUGGAAAGAGCCUUAUUUUUUCUGUAAUCAAAUAUACUUUGCUACAUGUGUUACGCUUGUCUGCCACAGGCUGGGAUGCCUGCUGUUCCUCUGUGGGUUCCUAGACCCCAUGUACUGGGGAGGCUAGGUUUUCUUUACAAAGAAAACCUUUAUUUUGACUCUCCAAAAGGACAGGGGGUUGUAUUUUUCUUGUUCCAGUACACAUGCAUGUGUACACACAGACAAACAUAAUCUUUCACAGAGAUAUAUUUAAGUAAGGAUAAUCUCCUACACUGGCUGUUUCUUUCCCUGCUUAUAGUGAAAAACCACAGAAGCUCUGAACAUUUUAUUUUAAAUCCAUUUAUUUUAAAAUCAA